AUGAACCAGCUACAGAGGAAAAAAUCCUCUGAGAAAGAGGGGAAGUCCCAGAGCUCCUUGGUCAGCAGAUUGUUCAAGGGGUCUAAACCCAACCCUCUCAAAACUGACCUCCAGAAGGAGAGCAUCAAGCUGGAAACAACAGACUCCCAACCUGAUGAGGAGAUGGAGUCUGAGGCUGAGACUGAAACCAAAAAGUCACUUGGUACAGAAACGGAUUUAGAAGCCAAUACAACUAAGAUGGAACAGUUCCUGCAGAAGCUGGGAAAGAAGCCCAACAGCAGAAGCAUCGAUCUGAACAACUGUGGAUUGACAUCAACUGACGCCGCUGAACUCGUUGCUUUAUUGCCUCUUCUCCCAGACCUGGAAGAACUGGAUAUUUCCUGGAAUGACUUCAUAGGCGGAGCUCUCAAGCCAAUCAUGCUGCAAAUUCAUCAUGUCAGCAAGUUAAAAGUCCUCCGACUGAGUAACUGUAGACUCACAACCGAUGAUGUCUUAGCAUUGGGAGAAGCCCUCAAAACUACCCCAGACCUAGAAGAACUCAAUGUAUCCUGGAACAAUAAAGUGGGAGGAAACCUGAGCCGGAUCCUCCAGGGAAUCCAAGAGGGGAGCAAGGUCCAAAUCCUAAAGCUGAUGGACUGUGACCUCACAGCAGAAGAUGCAGUAUCUGUAGGUCAGGUGCUGCUCCGCAUGCAGAAUCUUGAAGUGUUUGAUCUUUCCAUAAAUAGAAACAUUGGCUGCAGGCUAACUAGUAUUGUGCAGGGGCUGCAAAACACCCCAAGGUUGAAAGUAUUAAAGUUACAGACCUGUGGAUUAACUCAAGACAGCAUCCAGAUUUUAGGCGCAGCUUUUGGACAUUUGCCCAAGUUAAGGACAUUGGACCUGUCCGGCAAUAAGGAGGUGGGGGGAGGAUUUCAAGACUCUGUCACCCACUUGGCUCAUCUGAAGCAUCUCCAUGUUUUGGAUCUUCACCAGUGUUCCUUAUCCGAAGAGGAUGUAGCAUCUCUGACCCAGGUCAUCCCUUUACUCUCCAGUCUUAAGGAGCUGGAUCUGUCGGCCAACAAGAAGGUGGGAGGCUCUUCGGAAAAUCUCCUCAGCAGGCUGCGGUUCUUACCAGAGUUGGCCACCUUAGCCAUCAACGGCUGCGCCUUAGGGAAGGAAGCAUUCACAGCUCUUGCUGAAGCCUCCAUGUAUCUCCCUGCUCUGAAGAUACUUGACCUUUCUUGGAAUAAGUAUGUUGGAGGAAACCUAAAUCUGCUUUUGGAGACUCUGAAACUUUCGGCUGCCCUCCGAGUGCUAAGACUGAGAAGCUGCUCCCUGGUCGCUGAAGAUAUGGCUCUCCUGGCAUCUGUUAUACAAACCGGUCAUCUCACCAGCCUGCAACAGCUGGACCUGAGCUAUAACGACAGCGUUUCAGAUCAAGGCUGGGCUACAUUUAGUCAAAAUGUGCCGCUCUUGAAGGAGCUGACUGAGCUGGAUAUCAGCCUUCGGCCGGCCAACUUUCGGGAAUGUGGACUGUGGUUUGGACAUUUGCUGAAUGGUUUGACCAAACUGCCCAUGCUCUCUGAGCUAGGAAUCCAAAGGUGGAGGAUCCCAGAGCCUCAGAUGGAAGACCUGGAGCAUUUCAACCGCAAUCACAAAAGAAGCCUCCACUUUGACUAUGGUGGAUUCUAG